AUGUCGAGCAUGAUCAAUUACGGGCUCAUCUUCAACAUCGAAACACUAGCGGGAUCGUUUUUCGUCAACUCAAUUCUUAUGGGUGGAGGCAUCGCGGGUCGUAAAGCCGUCCAUCUUUGUCUCUCAAUGCUUCGAGCGCUAUCGCUUGGAGCAUUGCCGUCCUUAUAUCCGGAGAUUUUCAUCACAAAAACGAUCUCGGCCAUGGAAUACUAUCCUACCGUAGUUCGAAAUUCUGGAUUAGCGUUCAAGUCAACAUGCAGUCGUCUUGGCACCAUUCUUGCGCCACAGCUUAUCGUUUUGAACUUCUGGGAAGCGCUACCGUAUAUCGUUCUCACCGUCAUGGCCGCUCUGGACACGGUGAUGUAUCAGGUGGUCAUUCCGGAAACAAAAGGGAGACCGUUACCAGAAAAUCUUCCGCCAAAGCGCGAAAACAACAGGGCAAAUUUGCCAGGUACUAACUCGCCGGUGAAAGUUUGA